UGGCUGCCUGACUUCUGUUCUGCUUCACUCGUAAGUGGAGCGAGAAAAUAAAAGGACCGUUUCGCCAGCGAUUUUCCCCGAACAUCUGUUAUUCGAGUUAUUCGGAGAGUUUUAGCGUUUCCGUGGAUCAACGGGGCUCUAAUAAUUGUGGUGGAUAAUUUGGAGGAGAGUGUCUGUGACAUGAAUUGAUCGCUCGAUUUCUCCUUGGCGGUGGGAAUUUAUCGGCAAGUGGACAGCAAUGUCGCUUUUUAAUAAACCGAAGAGGAAUAUCAGGAGGAGAUCGUUCAAUGAUGAGUCCGAGGACAAUGAGAACAGGAUGGAUGUCGAUCAGGAACAGACUGUUAAGGUUAAGGCGAAGAAAAAGGAUAAACCUAAGCAGACACUCCUCAGUUUUGGCGAGGAGCUGGAUGAAGCUGAUGAUGGUGAGGUUUUUAAAGUGAAGAAAUCAUCUCGGAGCAAAAAACUGAUGAAACAACUCGAUCACGAGAGGAGAAAAAAGAAAGGUGAAGAGAAAAUGCAAGUGGACUCUGAGCAAGCAAACAUGUCCAUUAAGCGCGACAAAGAUUUAGAAAUAAAGACAGAUGAUCUAGUAGUUAAAAUUAAAAAUACAGGACCACUUAUAUUGAAUGGAAGAGCUGCACUUGUGGCUGGAAAGGAUGAUUAUAGCUCUGAGGAUGAGGAGAAUAAUAAAGGCCACAGUUUUAGGAAAAAUACUGCCCAACCUGACACCAUGAAGCUGCUUUUGCAAAGUGGUUGUAUCCCUGAUGCAGCUAUGAUUCACGCUGCGAGGAAAAAACGUCAGAAGGCGAGAGAAUUAGGAACUGAUUACAUACCCAUUGAGGAAACAACCAGGGAGGAUAAAGGUAAAUCGAGAUUAAUUCGCGAAGAAGAUCAUGAUCGCAGUGAUGAUGAUGAUGAUGAGGAUAGGAUCGAUAUGACUGUUAAUACUGAGGCCAGGGAUAAGGAGAAGAGGAGGGAAGCCUUCCUGGCUUCUCAAGUCUCGAUAAAACUUUCAGACGAUGAGAGUGAGCAUGGACUCGAGGAGGAGGAGUGGGAGGUGCAGCAGAUCAGAAAAGGAGUGACUGGAGCCCAGAUUGCAGCUGCUCAACAAGACUCAAUGAUGCAACAUCAGUACACCAUGGGGAUGAAUCCAAAUCAGAUGAUUGGGGGCAGUGGAGUCCCAAUGGAAAUGGUCCUGAUGCCAGCCCCACCACCUCCUCCGUGCAUUCAGCCCCCAGAUCCAACGAAAAUUGUCCCAGUGACACCUCGGGAAGUCGUGGAGAAAAUGAGGACAAGGGUAACUAGUUUGCAACAGGUCCACAGGCGUCACCAACUGGACCAGAUACAGCUGCAGGACGAACUAGACCAGACCCUGAAGGAGUUGGACGAGGGCUCGGUGCGUGCACCUGAAUUGGCCCAGCGCUUCAGAUAUUACCAAGAGUUGCGUGGGUAUGUCACUGACUUGGUAGAGUGUCUUGACGAGAAGCUGCCUCUGCUGACGGGACUGGAGCAGAGAUGGCUGGAUUUGUACGGUGACAGGUCUAAUGAAUUGAUCGAACGGAGGAGGCAGGACACGAGGGAUCAAGCUGAGGAGAUCACUUCUGCUGCAAGAGGCCAACCAGUCCGCCGAGGUCCCGAGGACGACGUGAGAAUUCGUCGAGCGACAGAACGCGAAGGGCGACGUGCCAGACGUCGAAGAGCUCGUGAAUUGAACCGCAACAUGCCCAAACACAUAGACGGAAUGUCGAGCGACGAGGAAGUGACAGAGCAGCAGAACCUAGUUUUCAAACAGACGAAGGAGGAGAUCGACGAGGAGAGCCAGGAGAUCUUCUCCGACGUGAUGGACGACUUCUGUUCAGUCCGGGGUAUUCUGUCUAAACUUGAAUCCUGGAGGGACACUGACAUGGAGGCCUACACCGAGGCCUACGUCUCCCUCUGCAUUCCAAAGAUGAUCUCACCGAUCAUUCGACAACACCUCAUCACGUGGAAUCCCCUGAUGGAGAGUGCUGACCUCGAGAGGACCAAGUGGUACAAUUCCCUGCUGCUUUAUGCCCUGGACAGAGGGGAAAACGAAGAGACAUUGAGAUGCGAUCCAGACGUGAGAUUGAUUCCUCUGACGAUGGAGAAGAUUGUUCUACCGAAGCUCACCUCCAUUGUCGAGAAAAUGUGGGACCCAAUGUCCACAUCUCAGACACUAAGACUCGUCGGUACUGUCAGUCGUCUCAUUCGUGACUAUCCAAAUUUAAAUGACACGUGCAAAAAUCUUGAGAUACUGUUCAAUGGCAUUCUGGAUAAAAUCAAAUCGGCUGUUGAAAAUGAUGUGUUCAUUCCGAUAUUUCCGAAACAAGUUUUGGAUCCUAAGCAUACGUUUUUUCAACGACAAUUCACCAUGGCGGUUAAAUUGCUGAGGAAUAUAUUGAGCUGGCAGGGAUUGCUGGGGGAUAAUCAGCUGAAGAAUCUUGCUCUGGGGUCUCUGCUGAAUAGGUAUCUACUGGCUGGGCUGAGGGUCUCGCCUCCUGUGGAUGCGUUGGGCAAAGCUAAUAUGAUAAUGAGUACUCUGCCAAGAGCAUGGCUCCAAGGCGCCACAAUCGAGCACCUCAAGAUGUUUGCUACGCUUAUACAACAAUUGAGUGAUCAAUUAGAUCAAGCUAAUCCUGCCCACAAUGAAGCCUGGGAUUACUCAAAAUCCAUCCUGUCGAUAAUCAAGCCACAGUAAUACGACACCCAGACGUCAUCCCCCAACAGUUAAUCAAUUACAUUUUCUAUUAAAAAUGCUUUGUAAAGUUGAAAUAGGCAUUUGAUUUGUAAAAAAUGAAUUCAUGAUCACAUUUUGUAUAGUAAAAAAAAUUAUGCACGUGAAAUAGGGCUGAGUCCCGGAAAAAAUUACGAUUGUUUGUGACGUACGCUAGAAUUAUAAAUUAUUGACUCUGAAAAUGAACUGUGCAAGAGAGAAUAAAAUUCUAGAGAUGUCGAUGUGAAAGAAAA